AUGAGCCGAGGAUACCGUACCCGUCGUAUGGCUGUUGAUUACCAGACUCCUCUGGUAACCAACGUCAAGAAUGCCAAGCUUUUGAUUGAGGCCAUUGCCCGCCACUACGAUAUGGAAAUCAGCAAGGUUGACUUCCAAGAGUUCGCUGCUGCGCCGGGAUCUCACGACCAGCAGUCUUCCGACAUAUCUCGAUUGGGUGCUUCUCUUUCUUUGUCACAGCUCCUGGCCAGAUCGCCGUUCAAGAGCAAGCACAUCACCUCGGUCAAGCAGUUUUCGCGUGCCGAUCUCCAUCUGUUGUUUACAAUUGCUCAAGAGAUGCGUCUCGGUGCUCAGCGACAAGGGUGUCUUGAUGUCCUCAAGGGCCGUGUGCUUUGCACUGUGUUUUGUGAGCCAUCCACAAGGACUUCUGCGUCAUUCGAUGCCGCAAUGAAACGCCUGGGCGGCGAGGUCAUCGUCAUCAACGAGUCCGUCUCUUCCACGCAGAAGGGUGAGUCUAUUGCCGAUACCAUACGCACUCUCGGAUCCUAUGGCGACGCCAUCGUUCUCCGUCAUCCCCAAGAGGAGGCUAUCGACAUCGCCACCAAGUUCUCCGACGUCCCCGUCAUCAACGCUGGAAAUGGAAGUCGCGAGCAUCCAACCCAGGCCAUUCUGGACAUCUUCACCAUUCGUGAGGAGCUUGGAACUGUGAAUGGUCUCAACAUCACUUUCGUCGGUGAUCUCAAGUACGGCCGUACUGUGCACUCACUCUGCGAACUUCUCUCCCACUACGAUGUCACCAUCAACCUCGUCUCGCCGGCUUCGUUGCCCAUGCCCUCUGGCGUUCGCGAUGCACUCAAGGCUCGCGGCCAGCUGAACAUCAUCUCCACCGAACUCACAUCCGAGAUUGUUGCUUCCUCGGACGUCCUGUACUGCACUCGCGUACAAAAGGAACGCUUCCCUGACCUCCCGACAUAUGAAGCCGUCAAGGACUCCUUCGUCAUUGACAAUAAGAUUCUCAAAGGCGCAAAGGCAAACAUGAUUGUCAUGCACCCAUUGCCUAGGAACAAUGAGAUCCAUGAGGAGGUGGACUUUGAUCCCCGGGCGGCCUACUUUAGACAGAUGAAAUAUGGCCUAUACACGCGCAUGGCUCUGCUCGCCAUGGUCAUGGCACCUUGA